AUGAGUACUGUUCUUAACAAUGCACCUGACAUACCAAGCCCUCAAGAAAUAAAUGCCAUCCUCCUCUUCAACGUGGUCAAAAAUGGAUUCUUUCCCCUGGUACCACGUCUCGACCGUCUCGACCGUCUCGACCCUCUCGGCCUUCUCGACGCUCUCGACCCUCUCGGCCUUCUCGACCGUCUCGACCGCCUCGACCCUCUCGGCCGUCUCGACCCGCUCGGCCUUCUCAACCGUCUCGAUCCUCUCGGCCUUCUCGACCCUCUCGGCCUUCUCGGCCGUCUCGACCCUCUCGGACUUCUCGGUCGUCUCGGCCUUCUCGGCCGUCUCGCCCGAAGAUGCAAGAUGUCAAGAAUGGAGAAGGGGAGAAGUUCGUCAACAGAACGCGCCAAGACUAGGAACGAAUUGGGAGCCGAUAUGUAG